AUGACCUUCGGGCGACCGCCAGCGAUCCCCGACAGUUAUGUUCAGCUGGACCUCCCUGUCGUCGAUAGUAUUGGCCAGGGCCAACCGUUCGUCGACGACAAGACCAUCCAUCACAGCAUCCAGUUCUUUAAUAGCACCAUGUCAGUUCACCCCACACUUCCCCAGGUCGACUGCCCGCACCGACUGACCCUGACUAGAACCCUGUACAAGCAAAUGGGCAACAUCAUUGACCAGGUCUACGGCCAGAAUUUGGGCUGUGGCCCUGGCCUGUCGGUUGGUGAGACGGUGGGCCGGGUGCUGUCGAUCGAGAAUCAGCUGUUCUCGUGGGUCAUGGCGCUUCCGGAGUGCCUUCGUCAAUUAACGCUGCAGGGGCUGCGCGAGGAAAUCAAGCAGUCAGAGAACCGGCCGCGGCCGUUCUCCUUGAAGUUUCGGGUUAUCCUCACCCUACGAUAUCUCCACGUCCAGAUCCUACUGCAUCGGCCCAUCCUGGUAAAGUUUCUCGACGCGAGCCUCGCGCCCGGUCUGGAGCCUAGCCAAGAGCGCAUUCUGAAUGACAUCGGCUACAGUAGCAUGAACAAGUGCGUCGAAUCGGCCAUGGGUAUUAUCGACAUCAUCCACGAACUGGUUUCUGCGACAGGGUGGCAGCGCGAUCUUCUAGGGGCGUGGUGGUACUCCCUGUAUUAUACCUUCAAUGCGGCACUGGUCAUUAUCGGGGCCACCUGGGUGCAGCGCACAAGGCAGUCGGCCCAAGAUUCCCCGGUGCACCAGCCCGCCAAUAUCCAGCUCUAUCCUGGUCACGCUGUCGCAACUCUGUGUCGACUGGAUACGGGCAAUCGGAUGGUGGACCGCUGCAGAUACUACCUUGAGCAAUUGAUCUCUGUCCUCCGUUUACAGCGUAAGGGAUUCCGUGCAACCCCGGUGGACUUGAUGACGCUAAUCAGAUUUCACAGCGGAGGACCCAGUUGGUACUACCAUGAGGAGCCUCACCCCGGGCUUUAA